CUUGGUGGAACAGUUCGAAAAAUUCAGCUAAAACUGGCUAGGUAGUAGUGUAAAGGUCUGGCAAAGUAAAUUACCUGACUAAUAUAGUCUGACAUUUUCCUGUCUGUCUAGCAAACACACAACUGUUUGACAGCACGCAAGCAUAGCUACUCAGCUAGUCAACCAUAAAAAAGAAAAUCAAUAAUUCUCCCCCACCCACAAAUCUGGUAGAUGAUUUCGGGGGGACGUAACGCUAUAAUGCGCCCCCAUAAACAUCCGAGCAAUAGAACGGGACGAUUUUUCUCUCCUAGUCCGGUUAGCAACCUCAGAUUACACCUGGCAGCCAUGAACUCUCUGGUGCGGGACCGACCAUCGCAAAGACCGCUGGAUGUUCGAUUGUAUAAAGAAUUUGAGAAAAGAAGUCUUAAAGAAGUCUCUACGGACACCCUGAAAAUAAACCGAACAAAACAAGAGGGCAGGCCUGGCGUUCAUCAUGGCGGCAGGCCUCUCCACGCUUCCGUGCUGGCGUUUGGCAAUGAAUUUGCAAGCCCAGAGCACGCCCCUUCGCCGCCUGCUGCGGCCGCUCCCUGCGGAUUCGCGGGCGACCUGGGGCCGCAGGCGCACAGGGUCAAGUCGCGCCGGGCGACCCACAGCGCUGGGGCCACGUUCACAAACGCCAGCCCCUCGCUCGCCCUGCCCUCAGGUGACACAGGGGCCUGCCUGGAGAACUCUCCUCCCACGCCUCUUGCCUUGCGGUCCCGUGAUGACUGUACCGCCAACCCUGAUCGUCUGGAUAUGGACAGGCGCGGCCUGGAGGAGUGCCCCCUGCUGGAGGGGCUGGACGGGCUCCGGCUGCUCAACUUCCAGCACAACCUCAUCUCGCGCAUCGAGAACCUGUCCCACCUGCGGCGCCUCGUCUUCCUGGACCUGUACGACAACCGCAUCACCGAGAUGGGCGGCAUCUCGGCCCUCGCCUCCCUGCGCGUGCUCAUGCUCGGCAAGAACAGAAUUAAGAGGAUCUGCAAUCUGGACAACCUGACUAAACUGGACGUUCUCGACCUGCACGGCAACCAGAUCGGGCAGAUUGAGAACAUCUCCCACCUGUCGGAGCUGCGGGUGCUGAACCUGGCGUGGAACUGCAUCACCACAGUGGACAACCUGCAGGGCCUGGACUCCCUGGCUGAGCUCAACCUACGGCGCAACUGCAUCUCCAGUGUGACGGAGGUGGACCGCCUGCCCUGCCUGCAGCGCCUCUUCCUCAGCUGCAACUGCAUCACCAGUUUCGAUGACCUGGCCUGCCUGGGGGACUCCUGCUCCCUCUCCGAGCUCACCCUGGAUGGGAACCCUGUAGCCCAGGAGACAUGGUACAAGCAGGCCACGCUGCGCUGCGUGCUUCACCUCAAACAGCUGGACAUGAAGCGCAUCACGGAGGAGGAGAGGCGCAUGGCUUGUGUUCUGGCCCGGAAGGACGAUGAGAGAAAGCGAGAAAGCCACAAGCAGGCGGUGCACAAGGAGAAGCGUCGCCUGGCCAUCCGCAACGCAGCGCAGCAGUGGGAGGGCCUCAAGGCCUGUCUGGAGCUGCCAGCGCAGAACGGCACCAAGGAGGAGGUGAGCCCCGAGCACAGCCCCGCCCAGACCAACGGACACCCGCAGCAGCUGUCCCCAGACGAGCUCAGGCGGGUGAGCCCAGUGGGAGCGCCAGAGCGACCAGCAGGGGGCAGCGAGUGCAAACUACGAGUGUCCAGUCGGCCAAGCAGCCCGCGGGACCCCAGGUCCUCCGAGGCAGGGGGCGCCAGCGUGCAGAGCUUGUCCCUGUCGGACAGCCACCUGGCUGAGCUGGACGGGGACACCCUCCGCCUGUUCGGGCUGGGAGCCCUGGAGGCCCUGGAGCGAGGCUGGGGCGUGCAGACCGCGGGCGCCGUCACCAUCAUCACCUUCCGCUACAUCCACUUCGACGCCAUAGUGCCAACGCUGCCCCGCAUCCGGGUCAAGUUCCCCAACCUAGUGCACCUCAUCUUCCUGGAGGCCAACAUCAGCCGGCUGGCGCAGUUUGCGGCCCUGGCCCAGGUGAAGCGGCUGGAGCAGCUGACCGUGCACCCUGAGGGGAACCCGGCGGUGGGCCUGGCGCUGUGGCGGCCUUUCGUCAUCUACCGGCUCCACCACUUAAACCUGCAGAAGGUCAACGGCGUGGAGGUGACCAUGGAGGACACGGUGGCUGCGGAGAGGCUGUUUGGAACGCUAGGCCACAUUGCCGCCACAGAGACCCCGCGGUGCCGUCUUCUGCUGCUGCUGGAGGAGUCCCGGAAGCGUCAGCUGCAGUUCCUGCUGGAGGGUCGGGGGCGGCGGGCGGGGCUGAGCCCGGAGGAGCUGCGGGACAACGGCAAGCUGCUGGGGGAGGGCCUGAACCGGGCGCUCUUCAACUACCCCAUGCGGGACGGCGGUGCCGAGGGCUCCGUGGAGGGCGCCCCGGAGGCCUCGGACCGGGCGGCCAUGGUGCGGCAGUACCUGCGGGGCCUGGUGCAGAGGGCGUCCGACACCAACGUGAAGGGCGAUGCGCUGCACAAGCUGUGGCCCUCCAUGUUCGCGGAGAUGGUGAGGGACUGCGUGCUGGACAUGAGGGACCGGCCGGCCUACCGGCUCGCCUGCCUGAGCAGGGUGUCCCACAGCAAGUGACCUGAGAGGGGUGCCACCCCACCCUACCGCACACACAGUUCCAUACCUCUCCCCAAUACCGUCCUCCUACCCCCCAGACCACAGACGCACUUGUGACUGGUGUCAACAGGACAAAGCAUUUUUUUUUUAUCCAAGAGAACAGAAUACAGAUCUCA